AUCUUACGAUGAUGAGAGCUGGAUUAAUUAUGGAAGUUGCCGGAUUCACGUUAUAUGCCAUUGCAAUAGUACCAAAUAUGUUUUACUUUGCUUGUGUGGUAAACAGUUUAUCCACGAUAGCAACACCAGCAGUCAGAGCUUUAUUUACUACGUUUGUCUUGCCUACACAAGCAGGACAAAUAUUAGGUGCUUUGAGUGUUAUCGAAAGCGUGGGAA